GGAGUCCUGGAGGCAGGGCUAGAAGCCCAGCCUGAGGCCAGUGGCCCCAUAUCCUCCAUUUCUGGGCUGAGGUCUGUAACAUGGCCAGGGACGGCCAUAGGCUUUUAUUUCUGAGUCCUUUUCUCUCUUUGCAGCAGGAACUGGCAGCGGCAUUUAUGCAAAUAACCCGACCUGCAGGAGGAAGCUGGGUGUCAAUGGCUUCCCCCUCCUCCAGGGCAAUGCAGGAGCACCAGGAUCCUCAGACCCCUCAGGAGGAAGCAGACCUAAGUCCACAUCCCCAGACUCCAGCUACAUUCUCCUCAGAACACACUGAAGUCUCCCAGGCUGGCCCUGGCCCCUCACAUUCAGUUUUCCUGGCUCCCAAUUCCCUGAGCGUACAUUUGUCUUCAGAAAUCCUCUCCUCUCCGUGGCCUCCUGGGCCAUCUGAUGGGCCCCAAAUGCUCCCGAGUUCUGAACCAUCUGUUCCGCUAACGGAAGCUCCAAGAGCUAGGAGAGCCGGGCAGGACUCUGUUCAGUCAUCAGGAAGUCCCUUCCCACCAGGAGAUUUGUCAAAGGAGACUGUGAAUUCAACAGAGUCUGUGGAGCCCACCCCGAGGGAGCCAGCCCACAUCCGUGAGGCAUUUCUGCCAUUGACAAGGCCCUUCAUGAGCAGCCAGGCUGAAGAGGGGUUGAUUUUCCACCAUAACCCCAAGAGACCUCAGGAGAGAGCCAAAAUCAAGGCUGAGGAACUUCUGCAGAAUGACCAUGAUCCCUCUGGGGAGGAGACCAGACGAUACCUGGACCUGUCCACGUCAGAAUCAAGUCAGGAAAUGACAGGGCUGGGACUCAACUUCUUGCUGAGGACGGACGCCACAUUCACUACCUCAAGAAGGAGGCAGCCAGAUGUGGGGGCCCAUCUGGAGACCUCAAGUCCGGAGCCCACUGGGAGGCCCAGGGUGAGCCCAGCAGCUCUCCAGACAACAUACCCCAAGGGCCUUCUGGCUUCUACUCCUGAGGAGCCUGCAGCCCCUCCUGGAGGAGGUACAGCUAGAGCCCUAUAGCUGGAGUCAGCACCUUUGUGACCCGAGGGCUGGCAUGAGCUGGGGGCUGCACACACAGCCAGUCCCCUGCCUUCACAUACCCAAAGCCUUCUGGCUCCUACGGAAGCCAUGUUUCCCCGCUCCAGGGAGUCUGGAAACACCCUUCCUGGGAGUCAGGAGUCAAUGGAAGCGAGGUUGGCCCCCACCGCUGAUAGCCAUCAGACUCCUGAGCUUUUAGUACAUGUGGAGGGGUGCUUUGAGAAGCCCCCCGCUGAGCCUUCCUGGAGACUUCAGGGUGAGUCAUAGGAGUGUCCAGGGAGGGGAGGCCCAGUGGAAAGGGUUUGACGUGCUCACACUUCCCCUUCAGGAUGCUGGCUGGGACAGGACAAGAGCCCUUGGCUGGCUUGAGCUGGUCCAGCUGUGUUUUACAUCUCUCCCUGCUAGAUCUGGGAGGGAUCUGGGCAAGGUCCUGGCCCUAUAGCUAGGCCCACCCAUGUCUUGGGCUCUGUUCUCCGCUCUAGCUCUAUAACCUUAGCAGGGCACUAGCCUUUCUGAGCCGUAGUUUCCCCAUCGACGAAUGGAAAUGAUAUUAAUUCCUCCCCAGUGGGUUUAUUGAUGGUGGUGGUAUUGGGAUGCAUGAACAAGGAUCACGUAAAGUGUGAGCCCUGCCCAAGCAUGCUGGGAACCCCAGGGGAGGGGGACGAAGUGACACUGCUUUGCCUUCUGUUCAUCACAUCCCCUGGUUUCUAUGGCAGCAGCUGGUUUCCUCCUGGCUUGGCUAGACCCACUGACCUGCAGUGACCCAGAGCUCCCACACUCUGUGGCCCAGAAGCCCAGCUGUGGCCAGGCAUAGUGACCUGGGCUGGAAUCCCACUCAAUGCUUCCUUGAGAGGGCAGUGCCUCGCCCUCCCCACCCCCACCCUAGGCCGACCUGUGGCUGGAGGUGGGAUUUGAAAUGCAGCCAAGGAGAGGAGGCCCAGCAGCAAUACCAGCCCAGAAUGCGAACUAAAUAAAUAAAUAAAUAAUCAG